CGGGACUUCCGUGUUGUUAACCAGGUACAACCGAUGACUAGUUAGGCCUUGACAGUAAAGUUUUGAAAACAGUAAAGCAACCGAAGAAGUUAUCGUUAGUACGGCGAGCCUGAAACCUCUGUGACCCGGUGCUCAGAUUCUGAGCUCACACCCGGGUCGAACUAGAUGGCCCAGCUGGUAACAGUUGGGGCCAGCUGUUAAUACACUGGUACGUGUAACAUCAGUCUGCGAUGGCCAGUCACUUCCGCAGCUACAUCUGGGACCCGGUCCUCAUUGUGAGUCAGAUUGUGUUGAUGCAGUGCAUCUACUACAGCUUCUUGGGCCUUUGGUUAGCUGGAGUGGACAGUCUGGUGCAAACUAGUCGGUCACUGGACCAGAUCUUCAGCUAUGAAAUCCUUGGUUUUGCAACAAUGCAGGGCAGGCUCUCAAUGAUGGCAUUCAUCUUGAACUCUCUUACCUGCGCCCUCGGUCUGUGGUUCUUCAUCCGUCGGGGGAAACAGUGUCUGGACUUCACAGUCACUGUGCAUUUCUUCCAUAUGAUUGGCUGCUGGAUCUAUAAUGCUCAUAUUCCAUCUGCCCUGUCCUGGUGGCUCGUCAAUGUAGCCUGUAUGGCGUUGAUGGCUGUAAUCGGAGAGUACUUGUGCAUGCGGACUGAACUCAGGGCUAUUCCAGUCAAUAGUGGACCCAAAUCUAACCUGUGAGAUUUUGCCGAUACCACGUUGAAAAUCUGUGGACGGGUAACCCCAGAGGAACUCGGUCAGAGGAGGUUUUUUCACGGCUUUCAAAAGAAAUGGAGCACGAACUUCCAUCAGCGUAGACGUUGGAUUGUCAUCCAUCGUCCCUUCAAGUGAUAAACCAGACGAACUGAUCUAUUUAUUGUUCAUAACUGUUAAAUGUUGGACAGUAUUAACUCUGUAGCAACAUAUACAUGCUUUAUUGCUGAUAAAAGCAGAUGUUAAUUUACACCGUUCUCGGAACCUAAUGACUAUACAUUUUAUUUUAAGUAAUUGCACUUUUGUGUUCAUUUUAAUUACAAAAGCAUGAGCAUCCCAUUUGCUCAUUUUAAGAUCUACGAUAUUUUUUUCAGAUGCAUGCUCAUCUUCAAAUGACAAAUUGAAACGUCAGAGCAAAUGCAAACUGUCUCAUAAAGCAGCAGAGCAGCAACAAGAAAUGUUCCUCUCUCUUUGUGUUGGUAUAAUUACAAGCUGGCCGGGUUGGCAAACAAACGUGAACAUGAUGUCAUACUUUGGAUUUAAAAUUGAAAUGUUACAGUCACUGCACUUUAGAGAUGUCAUUGUGCAAAUAUACCUAUCGAGAUUUUAUUAUGUUUAAUUACAGCUGCAUCUUUAAAGUUAAAUGUUGGGUAACAAGUUCAGUGUUCAAAGAGGUUUUAUGACACUAAUCAAUCAUUUUGUAAAUCCAAAUGUAGGAAAACAUUUUCUGCUUCAUAAUCUCACUACAUCAUUAGUCAGAAUUAUAAAAUCAGGCUCAUUUCUACGAUUAAUUUAGCACACAAUGCUCAGUUUUGGCCUUCCCUGUUGAGCUUGUACAUCAUAUUACCCAGCUUGCGUUGUUUGUCUCCGUCUCUUUAUGUCAUGAUUUAUUAUGCAGACAUGGCGGCCACUUUGGGGACAGUUUGUCAGCCACCAGCUGUGUUCUGACAACAGACUGUCUGUGUUUCUGUGGGGGAUGUGAUAUGAAAAGUACUGAAAUGUGCAGCACUGGUGGUUUCUGGAACACUUCUAAUUUUACGAUGGCUUUUAAAACACUGUCAAAAUGAUCUACAUAUUAUUAGAGUGCCACGUCCUUUAACACAUAGUGGUAUAUAUUUUUACUCUGCGUGCUGAAUGUCCGAUCAAAUAUCUGCAGCUUUGAUAGUGUGGACUAUGCAGUGUCUGCUUUUGAGGCAGAGUUUGAUGUUUACAAGCUGUACAAGAGUUGUACAUUAUGGGAAAUUCACUUAUUUGUUUUCCUGGUGAGGGUUAGAGAAAGAUAUCAAUUAUACCACUCGCAUGUCUGUCCAUUUAUUAUAUGACUACCGCUAGAUUAGACUGGAGACUCUGAAGAACCUACCCUGUUGUCCAAAGGUAAAUACAUUAAACCCAACACCUCUUAAGAUCACAAAUUAACAUGUUGUAUCUCGAUUGAUUAAAACUCAAGUCUAAAAAUGACACGUUGUGCUUUUACCGAGGUUAUGUGCUGUCCUAUUUCUUUGCUGGGUGCGGUGAUAUCCUGGAGUCUUGUUGGCAACCUGCAGCUUUUCUUCAGUUUUCUUACAGAUUAAACAAGAUGCACAGUGUUAAUCAAUGAGCUGUAGAAGUGCUGGGAGGCGUAUUCUACUACAUUCAGAGCCAGGCUACCUGUUUCCGACCCAUUUCUAAUCUUUAUGGCUGCUGGCUGUAGCUUUAUAUUUGCACAAACAUGAGAGCGAUAUCAAUCCCCUGAUCCAAAGAAAGCAAAUGAGUGUAUAUCCCAAAGUGUCGACCUAUCCUCUGUUAUGUUCAAACCAUGACAACACUUUCUAAGCCAGUGUUCCGUACUGUUUUAUGAUAUUUUUGCAGCCGCUGCUCAAAGUUUUCACAUGCAACGCCAACUAUUCUUUAACAUAAACAUUAGUUUUUAUAAUGUGUUUAAAUACAAAGUACCUGACAGAUGGACCUAUUAAUGUAAUUACAAUUUCUGACUUGUUUCUAUUGCAGAAACAUCACAGACAAUUAUCUUAUCAAUAUUCCUCCUCUCUGAAGAUUUAAAUACAGGGUGUUGGCACCAACAUCAAGGAAUUAUGUUGCAAGUACUUUUGUGCAUAUGCUGUUUAAUAAAACACUACCAGUUCA